AUGCUUUGUAAGCUGAAGUUUCUGGCCAAAGUGGCGUUGCUUGCUGUAGGUAUGGCGACAGAGGGCAGACUAUGGCACUGGGUACCUGCCAGCUACACAAAACUCGAGGAGGCGGAGCGCAAGAUCCUCACACGCGCUCUAUCGAUACCAUUCGAGACAAAAAAGGUUGCGCAGCUAGGCACAGUGGUGGUUCCCUGUUCCAACGAGAAAAAGCGCGAAGACGCCAAGAAUCUCGUGCUGAUUCACGGCUUUGGUGGUGGCAACGCAGUGUGGGCGAUGAAUCUGGAGAAAUUGUCCGAGCAUUACAAUGUGUAUGCGGUGGAGUGGAUUGGUACUGGUCGUUCUGAUCGACCUGACUUUGACUUUAAGGACUACGACAGUGCCGAUGAGUUUAUUAUGCGCUCUUUCGAGAAAUGGCAACAGGAGCUUGAGCUUGAACAGUUUGAUCUGUGCGGUCACUCGAUGGGAGCAAUCUUUGCAUCGUCAUACGCUCUUAAGCAUCCUGAGCAUGUUAACCACCUGGUAUUGGCAUCUCCUGCAGGUGUUCCGCAGCCACCACCGCCUCUUGACCCUACGACGGAGGAAGGAAAAGCUGUGAAAUACUCGUGGCUGAGACGUAUAAUCAUGGCAGCAUGGAAAAAAAAUAUAACACCGAUGUCUGUCGUCCGCUUCCUUGGGCCGUAUGGACCGACGUUUGUCCAGAAAGUGGUGCAUCGUCGAACCUUAUUAAUGUCUGAGGGAAGCGCCAUGCGGGACGGUCGUGUCAACCUUAACGAGUUGGGGGAGUAUAUGUACCACAAUUGGGCGCUCAAGGCUAGUGGGGAGCGCGCCAUGACCACGCAUCUCGCUCCAGGCGCACAUGCUGUGCGUCCUCUCAUGGACAAGCUGCUCCCUGAAAACAUUAAGAUGCCGCUUACGUUCAUCUACGGCGAGCACGACUGGAUGGAUUACCGAAAUGGACUGGGCAUUGUGACACGAUUCAAGGAAAAGGGCUCUACUGCUGAUCUUCAUCAUGUGCCGAACGGAGGACACCAGAUGUUCAUGGAGAACCCAGAUGAAUUUAGUCGCAUUUUGAUCGAAAGUAUGACAAGUAAGCAAUGCGAGCAGACAUUACCACUGUAG